AUGAACUCAUCAAUUCUGUUGUUAUUCGCAAUUGGACUAUUAGUAUUGGUCAUGGGUGGACAAGGUAUGGUAUGCACACAGUGGGUAUCUAUGGGCACUACACUUGUGUUCAACAAACCAGGAACCUGCUAUGGGCCAGAAAUUCAUGUAUCUGGAAAUAAUUGGCGCCUAUGCUGUGAUCGUUUCGGCACCCGACAACUCCAAGUGGCAACACACAGUGUUAUUGAGCCUCUUUUACCUACAUCUGUUCAAGAUCGUAGCUUAGUGAAAUGUACUCGGUGGAUGACUUCUACAACAACUUCUCGUAUUGCAUUGGCUGAAAAUGCUUGUGAAGCAUCAUUACAUGCGCAAUUCAUCGAUGGAAGUUUGUGCGCAAUGACUUGCGUGAUAAGUCUCGUGUAA